AGCAUCGUUAAGCCGACACCAUUUGCAUAAUUUGGCUGCCCAUUGACGGCCAUCUGUGCACUGUGGGAAGCAAAAACAUAAGCCUUGACCGCGGUACCAACCGCACUCCCGCCGACGCGAAAAAGGCAGCCAAAACACACCACACACUAAGCACCACAAAAGGCAGCAAACCAUGAUGCGCCCCCCGACCGCCCGCAAGCCCCUGAAAGCACGCCAGCCGCCGCGAGGGCGCAAGCCCGCGACGACGAAGGCGCUGCAGGAGUCGCAAACCACAAAAGAUGUCCGCGCGCUCAUCGACCGCGUCCGCGCCGCGCACGGCGUCAGGGCCCCGCCGGCCGAGAAGCGCGGCGGCCGCCCGGCGGGCGCACCCAACGCGCGAAAGCGGCCGCCGAGCCCGCCGCCGCCGCCGCCCAAGCCCCAGCAACCACCGCCGCCCGCGCCGAGCGCCGCGGACUUGGACGCGCGCGAGCGCGAGAUCGCGGCCGAGCACGAGGCUCUCGAAAGGCAGAUGGCUCAAGUCAGACGGCAGCGCGCGGCGCUCACUUUACAAAGACGCGAGCGCGAGCUGCGCGACGAGGCGGCGGCGACGCUUUCGAGAAGGCGGGCGCAGCUCGACGCGAGGGUCGAGCGCGACGUCGAAAACUUGCGGCGGGACCUCGCGGACCGCGAGGCGGCGCUGGGGAGGCGGCGCGCCGACAUCAAGCGCGAGAUGGACGCGUUGGUGCUCAAAUACGAGGCCUGCGCGACGGAGGCGUGCGGCGCGCGCGAGGCCUUCCAAAGGGCGGCGGAGAGCGCGCGCGCCGCGGCCGCCGAGGAGGCGUCCCAGUACCAGCGCCAGGCCGACGACGCGAUCCGCGCGCGGCUCGAGCGCGAGGCGAAGCAGCUCGGCUUCAAGAUGUCCGCAAGUCCACGUCCGCGGGACUAAUAUGUGUGCGGAAUGAUAACUGGGGGGUCCCGG